AUGGACUUCGCACCCUACCAGUCCUCCCCGCCCGAACGCGAGCGCGCCCUGUCGCCUCAACCGACCUCCCCCCGCGCAUCGGCGGAUUUCCGUCGCCCAUUCUCUCCUCCUUCUGCUGCCCCCGGUGGUUUUCAAUACCAAUACCAGCAAGACCAGUACAGCCAGCCGUCGCCGCCGCCGCUCCAGCACCCACAGCCGCAGCGCAGCUGGCAACCCAGCCUGCCAGGCGCAUACCCGGUGGCAGAUGCGCAUCGCGAGGGCGUGAGCGAAUUCGAUACAAGUCUGGGUAUAAGGCUCGACUACGAGGCCAGUGCGGCAUACCUUGCGCUGCCGCCGCUGGGCGCCAUCCUGCUGCUGAUCGGGGAGCGGAAUAGCGACUAUGUGAGGUAUGUGGCAGUCUCGGGAGGUGCUCAGGUGAAGGCUUCCCUUGCUAACGACCACAGGUUUCACGCGUGGCAGGCAAGUCUCUUGUUCACGGCGAUACUAGUCAUUCACCUCAUCUUCUCCUUCUCGAGAUUUCUAAGCUGGCUCUUCUUCCUGGGCGAUCUCUUCGCCAUGGUAUGGCUCGCCAUGCGAGCGUAUCAGGACGCCGACACGCUGGACCGGUUUGAGUUGCCCAUCAUUGGCCGCAUAGCGAGCAACAUUCUGGACGACGAGUAG